AUGUUAGGUAGUAGUAAUCCGUCGACAUAUUUAUUAGCAAGUAGUUCGAGAAUGUUUCAUGAUGAAAUAUUUUCUGAUGAUAAUGAUGACUCAAACAAUUUGAAUAGUAGUUCAAUUAAUAAUUCUAUUAAUAAUAACAAUAAUAAUAAUAUUAAUAAUACAAAUCUUAAUGACGAUAAUAUUCGUCGAUAUCGAACAGCAUUUUCACGUGAACAAUUAGCAAGACUUGAAAAAGAAUUUCUUAGAGAAAACUAUGUUAGUCGACCAAGACGUUGUGAAUUAGCAGCUGAAUUACAAUUACCAGAAUCAACAAUUAAAGUUUGGUUUCAAAAUCGACGAAUGAAAGAUAAACGACAAAAAUUAGCAUUUGCUUGGCCAGGUUAUCCUGGUGAUCCAUUUUCAUACUUUUCUUAUAUGUAUGCAGCAGCUGCCUCAGGUUAUGUUCCACCUUCUCCAACACAACCGACUAGCAAUCCACUAAUACCUCCGAUUAAUCCAUUAGCUGCUGCUGCUGUAAGAUUAGCUGCAGCUAGAGUUCGAUCAACUCCUCCAUCUCAAAUAUUGAAUGGUUCAACAGAUACAGCAACUUCAUGUUCAUCAGCUUCAUCACCAACAUCAUCUAGUUCAUCACCAAAACAAAAUCAUCAACAAUAUUCACCUUCAAAACCUUCAAUUAAUUUUGCUUUACCAGCUAUGGGUUUAGCAUCGUUUAGAUCGAAUUCAGUGAGUGAAUCAACAACAACAAGCACAUGA